AUGGUCCUGAGCCAUAAGCCGGCAAUGCAGCCGGACCCUCAGGCUACAUCCAGGAAGAGUAAAUGCCUCCUGGUUCCACUGGUCCUGGCGGAGCAGAAGAUGGUGAUGGAGAGGAAGGUCUGGGGAACGGUCAAGUGGUUCAACGUCAGAAACGGCUACGGUUUCAUCACCAGGAGCGACAGCAAGGCAGACAUCUUUGUGCAUCAGUCGGCCAUCGCCAAGAACAACCCCACCAAGUACCACCGCAGCAUAGGCGAUGGGGAGAUGGUGGAGUUUGACGUGGUCCUAGGGGAGAAAGGCCUGGAAGCUGCCAACGUCACCGGUCCUGGGGGCAUUCCCGUGCAAGGCAGCGUAUAUGCUGCCGACCGCCAUAAGUGCUCUUGGGGCCCCAGGAGACGCUUGCCUCAAAAGAGUUUGCACACGGGCGAGGGCAUGCCAAAGCUCAAGGGAUCAGAGAGUGCACCAGAAGACGGGAAUCUGCCCGGCAGUGGUCCGUCUUAUUCGAGGCACAGAUCCUAUGGGGAUGAGCCGCAGUGUUCCAGCUCUGCUGGGAGAACAGAAGUGGUCUUCGCUGAAGGUCCGGGUGCGCAGGCAGAGCACAGCAAAGCUUUGAAACAGAGCAUAUUCCAGGAUUUCAGGCAGCUUCUGAGCUUGGGGCAGCAUCGUAUGAAACAGCCGAGAGAGGAGGGAGGGGAAACGUGUAAUGGAAGCCCCCGGGCAAAGGAGACCGAAGAGUCAGCGAUAAGCCAACGUCGCUACCGUCCUAACUUCAGUUACCUACGCAGACGCCCACAGAACGCUAAAACGCAAGAGGGUAAAGAGACCCAGGAGACCUCUGGACCAACAGCUGAAAACCAAGUGCCUCCUGAGACCAAAAAGAUGGGGGGUGUAAAUAUCAGCAUAGGGUUGCUGCCAUCCGCCACCGACCUAUCUCCACUCAGCCACCAAACAAGGAGUAAGAGAAUAUGA